UGGGAAGCUCCGCCUCCCGCUUCCGGAGCAGCCCUGACGCUCCGCGGGUGGGCGCCGGCGCCGGGCGGGACAUGGGCUCUUAAAGGGGCGGCUCGAGGCGGUUGGGCUCGGCCUGAGGGCGGCGGCGUAGCGGCCUGCGGGAGCGUGUGAAUAUUCUCUUUAACUUGACUACUUGCAAGUGAUAGCUCCUCAUCAUGGCUGAACUGUCACCUGAAGAAAUUCAGCUGAAAGCCAACCAGAUCACUGAUGAGUCUUUGGAAAGCACAAGGAGGAUUCUUGGCUUGGCCAUUGAGUCCCAUGAUGUUGGCAUCAAGACUAUCACCAUGCUGGAUGAGCAGGGAGAACAACUAAAUCGCAUAGAAGAAGGCAUGGACCAGAUAAAUAAGGACAUGAGAGAAGCUGAGAAAACACUGACAGAGCUCAACAAAUGUUGUGGGCUCUGUGUCUGUCCUUGCAACAGGGUAAAGAACUUCGAGUCUACCAAAGCAUACAGGGCAACCUGGGGAGAUGGAACAGAGAACUCAGCAGAUCAUGUGAUAUCCAUGCAACCAAGAAGCGUAAAUCAGCAGCAGCCACAGAAUUCUAGAGGACCAAGUGGUGGAUACAUCACAAGGAUAACAAAUGAUGCCAGAGAAGAUGAAAUGGAUGAAAAUCUUACUCAAGUAGGAAACAUUCUUGGGAAUUUAAAAAAUAUGGCUUUGGAUAUGGGCAAUGAGAUUGAUGCGCAGAAUAAGCAAAUAGACCGGAUAAAUGUAAAGGCAGAUACAAACAGAGAUCGCAUUGAGCAAGCCAACAUCAGAGCGAAGAAACUCAUUGACAAUUAGAACCUAUUGUAAUUGUUCGGUGACACUGUCUCUCCACCUUCAAGCCACCAUAUUCAUGGAUCUGUGAAACUUCCUCUACUCUGAAAUAAGAGGGGCUGGGAAAAAUGAAACAAUACCCUUUCUAUGGGGAUUUUUUUUGUAAUUACUUCAUGUAAACGUGAUUUUGACUCCAAGAAAGUAGUCCAUGUAACUUCCUUCUACUCAUUUGCCUUCACUUUCUUAAACUGCUCAGGGCUGAAAGUGUCAUGGCUUUGAGAACCUUCUUGCAUGUUUUACUCUCCCUCCCAGUCUCUUUUCUUGCAUCAAAAAUACAAUUCAUUACUGAAGUUGAAUAAGCAGGGUAACAUGAAUUCAUGGUUGUGGAAAGCUGGAGAGGGCACUUUGCACUGUUUGAAAUACCUCAUAAGUUGAGUGUCUUCACUAAAAUAGGGACUUGGUGAGUAUUGUUUGACUUGUAUCUCUAAGCAUGCUAACCAUGGUUUUAUAGUUCAAACCACAACUGGUUUGGUUUGAGCUUAUGGAUUACAGAAUUCAAGUAGCCCACUAAUUACUACUACUGGGUUGAGGGCUUUAAAAACACUUCUUAAACACACAGACUUUAAUGUAAAGCUAACUGGAGGGCUAUACUGGUUCCCAUUUCUUUAUUGUGAAUUGGCAUUUGGAGGCUAUGACUAGAAAAUGAUGCUGCAUUUUUCUAGUAACAUUUGUUGUGUGUUUUGAUAGAGCUGAUCUAAACCCUAUGUCCAUGUGAGUAGAUCACAACAAAUAAAUUUUAAAAAUCCCUAAAGCAUUUAAUUGUUGGACACAGUUUUCUGUCAUCUGAAAGUUAGCUUUUAAGUGUUUAAUGCAUGUUAACUGAAAGGAUCUGAAUAAAAACCUGAGUAGAAAAGCAUGCAGCUUUCUCAUGCUUCAUAUUGUAUUCUGUUUUGGCCAGUUUUCACUGAAGUUCAGUUUAGGCCUUUCUCUAUUGAAAUCGUGACUGAGAUUGAGUGUAGUUUGUUCUCAGUAGUGACUUUAGGGGAGCUUGUUAAAAUUACCAAAAGCGAAGAUCAGAUUGUUAUGAAACUCCUUUGUCACAAGUCUGGAAGAGGCAUGCACGCGUGUGGGAUCUGUUUGCUAGUUCUAAAUAAACUAGUUCUGAAUAGAUUCCUGACUAGUUUAUUAUUUCAGGCCUUGAGACUGGCAGCUGGAAAUACUCAAAUUCAAAGAGGAACUUUUUCGUUUUAAGCAACUGCUGCAGAAUAGAAGACCAGCUGAGUGGAGGUACAGCUGUCCUCUUUGGGAGAGGAAAAACAUUUUGGUUUUACUAUUGAUAUACCCAGAUUUAUUCCCAGGGCUUCUGACAGUCCAUGGGUAUCUUGUCACCAUUAAUAGUAAAUCCUAGGGCUGAAGAGAUUACAAUAAUCUGCUGAAAUGCAAGAUGAAUGAUGUUACAUGUUUGGUUUCCAGUAGAAAUGCAAUUGGUGUAUAGUAUAUUGAUUAGUAUAUCCUCAGUUUGCUCCCACUACAACCUGAUAUUAAACAAAAAUAAUAAUAAAAAAAAAAAGGAUGGAGCUGCUGCAUGUGGUAAAUUGGCCAAUGCCAGAUGGUCUUGUGUGAGUAAGGCACCAUCAUUUUUAGAGGAACUGGUUACUGAAGUGCUAAGUCUUGGUUUCUAUCUGGCUUCUGGUAGUUCUUGAAAAGGUAAUGAAUUAUAAAAGUGUAUCUACUCCUAUUGGUCAUGCUUAACUACACAAGUAGCAAAAAGUACUUCUAAGAACACUGUAUAGUAAAUUUUUAAUAACCUUUUGUGUGGGAAAGCACCAAGGAUUUGAAUUUGUGACUUUUGGGGUGUGUUUUUUUGUUUUUCCUUCCUACAAACUUCAGGUUAAUUAAAGGAAUAUUUGCUGCUGAUCCAGGAUUUGUUAUCUCCUGGAACAGAAAACUAAAGCCAUUACCUUAUUGUACUUAGAACAGUGCAAAGCUGCUCUGUAGCAUCUUGAAAUGUUUUUUUUUUAUGCUAUUACAAGUCCAUGUUCUUGAUCUUUACUUCCCUGAGCUCCAACCACAAAUUGGAUGAGAAAAUGUGAUUGGUACACAGAAAUCUUAAUACUGCAAUGAAUAUCACACAAGGAAAUAAUUUCAGAGACUCUAAGCUUGAGUGUUAUGUAAGUACCAAUAUUUUCUGAUGUAGCAAGAGCCAAACCUGUCAGGGAGCUGGUGCCUUAUUGUCAAUGAACAGUACAGUCUGCUUCUUGAAUCAUCUUGCUGUUGACUGUAGAAUAGAUGCUUACUUUCCAUGUUUGUGGGAUGUAAUCAAAACUUGUACAUCUUUAUACUUCUGAAUACUAUUAAGAAUGAAGGUUUACAGUUUCUGCUUUUGAUUGUUAAACUACAUAUUGUGCACAAAAUAUAUACUUUUAUAACUGAA